CACUUCUUCCUUCCCACCUUGGCCCUAAUAAAUUACUUCUCAAGCCCAUCCCAACUCACAACACACUAUACAAAUGAGACAUCUAUAUAAUGCUACAAGUAUGCAUGAUGGUCCAAACUCCAAACUAGAGGAAGUGUUCUUUCGGGUGUUUAGGCGAAUUUUCAAUAUAUAAUACCUCAUAUUAGGUUAAUUUCGAUUUUUAAUUAUAUACAAAUAUCUUAACAAUCUGAUUUGAGUUUUACAUACAGAUUAUUUAUUGUUCCUCAAGUUAUCCUUGGUUUUGAUUAAUCCUCCGCACCAUCCCAACAAAGACUUUGUUAUAGAGUUGUUCAAUAGCUCUAUCCUAAACAUUCUACGUCCAAAAUUCCCCAUAAAAGUGUAAACGCAAAUACACAAGUCUAGUUUUUCUGUCUAAUAAUAGCUUUCUGAUAAUUUAUGUUUUUUUUCUCUUUUUCGGCAGUGAUUGAAGACUCCCUUAAUUUUUAUUUUGAUUAAAGAUAAACUGAAGGUAGGAAAAAAUUUAGGAGAAAAUCAAACCUAAGAGCUUUUCUAAAAAAUAUAAUUGUACUUCAACUAAGACAAGACUCGAUUCAUGAGCUGCCUUAGUUAAAUUGUUGUUUCUCUUAUACUAAUAACCUAAUUCUAGCUCUUGCGUUAACAAAAUCGCCCAACAAAAAGGAAGAUGGGGAAUUGUCAGACGGCAGAGAUGGCGACAGCGGAGGUACAACAUCCAGGAAAUGGCAAAGUAGAGAGAAUAUUUAGGGAAAUCACCGCCAAUGAGGUCAUGAGUUCGAACCCUGGCUACUACGUUGCGCUUGUGGUUAAUUCAUUGAAAGGUACUGAAUCAUCAACUGUGAACCAUCAAUUUAAACUUCUCAGGCCUACUGAUAUCUUGCAUUUUGGUCGUGUUUAUCGUCUCAUUUCUUUUGAAGAUGUUAUAAAAGAGUGUGCAUCGAAAGAAUCGGCGAAAUUAGGGAAAUUACUCGAGGAAAGUGGUGUUUUGAAAUCUGAAGCGGAAAGAUAUAAACUCAAAUCCUCAUUGUACGAGCCGGCAGAGCAAGAAGGAGCAAGGAGUAGGAUCAGUAGAAGUGCUGAUAUCAGAAGCGUAGGCAGGAAUCACAGAUUCGGUGGGCAAUGGAAACCUGCAUUGCAGAGCAUUGCUGAAAUCGGAAGCUGAAGUCGAAAUCUGCAUUGUAGAUCUUCAAAUUACUCUGCAUCAUAAAAAAGAGUAUUUCCGAAAAAUUUCUUAAUUUAAGACAAUAAUUUUUUUAUUUUAGUGUCAAAAAAAUCUCUUUUAUCCUUCUUAUUUGAAGGAGUUUUCUUAUA